CGACCUACACAACACCCAUACACGUUAACAUACUUCUAUUACUACCUUAUCAUAUUCGUAUUAAAGAAAAUUGAAAUGUAUAUUUACUCCAGUCUGCAGUUUAAGCUCAUCCCGCGGACGUUUCGAGAACGUGUAGCUGCAGCUCGCGCCGAGCGGAAAAAGAGGAUGACGUCACGCGCUCGCGCGUCACCUCGCCCUCUUUAAUUUUUCCCCCCUCUGAACGCGUUCACGACGCGGAAUUUCAGUAAUUGGAAGAACACGACAAACCAAACGUGCAGACCAACACACACACCUGCAGCAGCGUUUUAGUGCGAGAAGUUCAAAAUGGAGGCGGCCAGGCUGUUACUAUGAGGCAUGUCCUGCCCCAGCUGAGCGCGCACGCAGACCUUUUUGAGCUCUUGCACGCAGAGCUCGCGCUAGCGGUCACGUGGCCCGGGCUCGUGCCAAUGAGCGCGAGGUUCGCCGUGUUUUUGCUUGGCUUUUCUUAGCGAUGUUUUCAAACCGAGCCGUGAGCUGGAGAGAAACGUCACACAGUCGCAGGCUCAUGAGCGCUUUUCAGCGUUUUAUUCAAGUAAACGGUUUCCCGUGAAACAACCAACAAACGAGCAAACAAACACAACGCUAUUUCCUCGCGCCGAGCUGAAGCGGAACCCGAAAAAGGCGUCGCUUUUAAGGCCAAUGAUGAACCCGGUAAGCCGUAGCUGCCACAGCUAGUCAGAAGCUGCACCAUGGCCAAGCCGGGGACCGACAGAGAUGGAGCCAUGGUGGAAAAGACGACUGGGAAGAAGAGUAAAGAUAAAAUCUCCCCAUUUACCAAAACUCCGAAGCUGGAUCGGAGCGAGAUCAUGGGGAAGGAGGGGAAGCCGAAGUCUUCCAUGAAACGCAAGCUCUCCUUCAGUGUCAGCCUGCCCCGUAACGAGGAACGGGACUCAGACACAGAUGACUCUGACCCCGGCCAGUCGAGCGAUAUGUGGGGAGAGAGAUUACUUCCUCCCUGCAGGAUAUACGCAGAUAAAGACGGUCCUGAUAAAAAGAGGGUGAAAAAGGAGUCCGGUGGUAAGAAGUCCACCCCUGUGAAUAUUUUGUUUGGUUACCCGCUGUCUGAACGCAAGCAGAUGGCCCUGCUGAUGCAGAUGACAGCAAGAGACAACAGUCCAGACACCACGCCGAGCCACCCCUCCCAAGCUCCAGCAGUGCAGAAAAAGACACCCAAUAGCUCCACUUCACGUCAGAAAGACAAGGUGAACAAGAGGAACGAGCGUGGAGAAACACCGCUGCACAUGGCUGCAAUCAGAGGCGAUGUCAAACAAGUCAAGGAGCUCAUAGGACUCGGGGCGGAUGUAAACAUGAAAGAUUUUGCAGGUUGGACACCUCUACACGAAGCUUGCAACCUUGGUUACUAUGAUGUAGCAAAGGUGCUAAUUGGUGCAGGAGCAGAAGUGAACACACAGGGGCUGGACGAUGAUACCCCUCUUCAUGAUGCCUCCAGCAGUGGACACAAAGAUAUCGUGAAGUUACUAUUGCAGCAUGGAGGAAAUGCCUUCCAGGCUAAUAAGAGAGGAGAGCGGCCAGUGGACGUUGCAGAUUCUCAGGAGGUCGAGCAGCUUCUAAAAGGGGAGAUCCCAUUGUCUGACCCAGAUGACAGCUCUUCAGACUCUGAGGACCCUCCAUCAGUGAACCCUUCCAGCGUAGAUGAGAACAUGGAGUACUCAGACACUGAGAAGGACUCUGAUGGCAAAUCGACCACAGCAAAGGCCACGUCUUCAGUUUCUGGUAUGGAUGAGUACGAGUUCAAGGAUGAGGAAGAGGAGGAAGACCUGAGCAAGGCCCUAAAUGACCGACACAUCCUGAGACGGGAAGCACGUCAAAAAGAGAAGGAGGAAAAGGACCAAAACCAUUACACACCCAAACAGUCCAACAAGAGCGAUCAGACAGUGUCGUCCUGCAAAUUAAAAAAGUCAAAAUCAUCUCGGGUCCUUUACUGCAGUUCAGACAGUUCAGACGACGACACAGAGGCAGAACAAAAGUGUUCACCGACCAGGUCACUCUGCAACGAUACUCAUAAAACAGAGAGCAGGACAAAAAGAGAAAGCCUAAGCCUAACACCAGCUGAAAAGGGCAAAGCAAACAAGAAGAAGAACAAGAGUCAAAGCAAAAACAAGGAAAAUCAAGAGGUUCAAGAGGAUGGAAAGGAAAACAGCAAGUCUCUUUUGUUUUCUACAGCAACGGUGUCUGACAACUCAGAUAAAAGUGUUCGAGAGGAAGACUCUUUCAAAAUGUCCUUCAGCCCAAAGGACGAUUCGUCAGUGCACCUCUUUCACUUUUCCCCAAAGCUAACUUACAGCCAAACUGACAAGCAGAUGACCCCAUUAAAACAGGAAAAUGCUAAGACUUUUGUUUCCAUCGGAGAUGGAUCCUGCCCUAUGGAUGGUGUCAAGUACAACCACUACACAGAUUCUGAUUACACUGAAGGUUCCAGCAGUAAGAGCUGUAAGCACAAGGACAAGAGCAAACAUCACUAUAAGGAACAUAGCUUGGAUGGAGAUGACAGAAGCUCCAGUCCUUUUAAAGAUGCCAGUUUAAGUAACAGUUUGGAUGGUUCUGAAGGGGCCUUCAGGAAGGCUGACAAAGAUAGUAAGGUUGUCAAGAAGCAUAAGCUAAAACACAAGGAGAAGGACAAGUACAGGAAAGACUACGAGUCUGAAAGGAAUCGGCAUCGGCAGAAGGAGCUACGGAAAGAUGGCCAUAGGAACUUGGAGUUUGAUCGAGAAUUUUGGAAAGAGAAUUUCUUCAAAAGCGAUGAGAACGAAGAGUUUAAAGGGAAAUGCGAGACACCCCGCAGUUGUUCUCCUCAGAAGUCUAUCGACUCCUCACCAAUAAAAGAAGAAAAGGCAACAUUAAAAGACAAACAUUCGAUCUGCAACAGCACCAAGGACAGAAAACUAAAAGACGAGCGAGAGAAAGACAAGCUCAUUAAAAAAGAGAAGAAAGAUGUGGCAUAUAAGGAUGAAAGAGGAGGAAAGGAUUGGAAAGGGGCUGAAAAUGAUGACCGGUCAGAAGGUCUUAACGUGUUACGAAAGUCUGAAGACUCCCUUCCAAGUCCUUGUGUAAAAGAGGAGGUGGAAGACAAGCCUCUUACUGGAAACUUGGUUGAUCACAAUCAGCUGGAGACUACAGAAAAGAGCUGCCGAGAAAAAAAUGAAAAACGGCUACCCACAAAGGACAGAGAAUCUGAAAAAUGUGAGAAAAAGCAGGCAGAAAAAGAAAAGAAAACAAAACUUGAACACGCAUUAGAUAAAUCUGACCUUCACAACUCUACUGAGCGAUGGAAAGAGCGGGACAGAUUAACAACCACAUUUAAUUUGUCCGGUGAAAAGAGCCACAGGGAAAGUGAAAAACUUAAACUUGUGCCUGUUGCUAAAAAGCAUGAGGAAAACAAAAAGAAUAAGGACAAGCUUGAGAGAAAAAGUGAGAAGGAGAGGCAAGAGAAAGAACAUUCCUCAAGUGAUCACCGGGAAAAAGACAAAAUGAGUUCUGAAAAAAAAGGAAAGGCUCCAGAGAAGAACAGUGAUCAUAGCAAAAUAGAUCGAAAUAAAGAAAAGGAAAGAGAAAAAGACAAGGACUCAGACAAGAAGAAAAAAGAAAAAUCAAAAGAAGCCAAUCUCUCCUCUUCGAGUUCUAAUCUCAGAUUUCUUUUGGAAGAGAAAAAGGGGUACACAUCUGAGAGCAAUAAAACAGUAACCACAAAAUUAAGGGAAGACGUUAUGAAAACCCCCGAGAAAGAUCGGGACAGACGAGAAAGGGAUCGAGAUUUGGAAAGGCAUCGGGACCGGGAUCGAGAGCGGCACAAGGAAAAGGACAAGGAUAAAGAAAGGUCACAGCAGAAUAGGGAUAGCAAGCCCAAUAAAGUCAGACCUGUUGAGUCUGAGUCUGACCGGUCCAAAUCCAAAGCCUCAUCUGCACAAAAGGAAACCCGUCCUAAAGAGAAAAGAUUGGUUAAUGAUGACCUCAUGCAGACCAGCUUUGAACGAAUGCUUAGCCUGAAGGACCAGGAGAUUGAACAGUGGCACAAGAAACACUUGGAAAAGAUCAAGCAAAAAGAGAGGGAAAGGCUGAAACAGCGACCGGGAGAAAAACAGAAAAGCAAAGAAAAAUCAAAGAUAUCUACUUCCAGUGAACCGUGUACAAACAAAGAACUGUUGCGCUCCAAGAGCUCAGAAGUCCCAGAAGCUUCCAGUCGGGAUAAGAUCCUAAAAGAUGCAACCAGUGGAAGGACGCUUUCACUCGACGCAAAGAGUCUUUCAUGUUCCGGAAAGUCUGGUCCAGUGAUGGAAAACAGCCUUAGUCGAUCUCCAAGACCUGACAGUGAACGAUCUGGUCUCAUGUCAAGAUCAGUGUCCAUGGUUUCAGUAGCCAGUUCAGAGGAUUCCUGCCAGGCUAGCAUGCUAACACCCAGGCCCACUGAGUAUGACUCGGACGUCAAUUUGGAAGCGUCUGACUCCCAGCCACCAUUCCUCCAGUCUUCCCUUAUAGUUCAGUCCUCCAGAUCACCAGUUGUCAAUGACAAAGAUACUACCAGUCUUCCUGAAAUAGCUUCGGGCAGUCGAACACCACUGCCAAGCAGACUUGCAUCCCCUUAUUUAAGAGCUGCCAUGGAUGAGGAUGCUAAAGCAGGUCCAUGUGAAGCAGACAGAUUAAGUGAAGAACCUCAAAAACUCGGUGAUGUAGCAUACUCCACCAAUGAGGAGCCUGUUAAAAUACAACAGACUGAAACCAGUGGAGCAGUCACACAGGAAACCCCUAGUAGUCACAGCUCGUUCUCCAUGCAUCACCCUUGUGCUGCAGCUGAAGUUGAACAUCCUGUAGGUGCUGAGGAUGCAGGUGGCACUUUAAGUAAUCAGUCUACAUGUCUGUCAAACUCUCGAGAUACUUCACUUAAAGAUUCCACCGGCAACCAAACUAGCCUUUCACAAGCCAGCAGCUUGUUGCCAACUACAGUAGAGAUCAACAAGUUAAACACUGAAACGUUAUCAGAGCAAAGUGAACAAAAUCAACUUGACAGCUCUGACACGGAAAUGACAGAUGGCUUAAACAAAAAUUCCUUGUCAGCGCCGGUGUCGCAGUUUGCCUCGGGUGCAUCCUCACAACCAGAGCAAGGCUUCCUCACGAAAACGCCUCCGCAUUCAGUUAACCUAAAAUGGGAUCUUGGGUCAGAACCCAGUAGUGAUCACUCGACAAAGACAGAUGUUGAUUUGAGACCAGAGCAGAAAGCCAGAAGUCUAUCAACGGGACCUGAAAACAUUAUUGAGGACAGAAGCAUGGAAAGCGUUUCUUGCGGGAGCAAAAUGGAUUGGACACCUAGCCAAGCUUCACCCGUUAGCUCUUGUAGGAAUAGUUCAGAAGAGUCGACUAAGACGCUGCCAUGUAUACCCAGCGCGAUCAGAGAUUCUCAGCAGGUCACAGAAAAGGUUUCACACGAUGACUGUAAGUCAAGUCUUUCAACUGAGACUGCAGAAACAGCUGAUUUAACACAGCUGGAGAAAAAUGAACAUUGUUUGCCCGUCCCUUCAGUUUCAAACGUCCCUUACUGUGCUAGUCCCGAACAGUCAUCUGAAGAGCCAAUGGACGUAUCGGGUGACGAGCCAGACAACAGCCAGGUGGUUGCUGAGACACAAGCAGAGAAAGCUGUGCCUACAAAGGACACGAGUCAAACCCAGACCUUCUCAGACACUAAAUCGGAUGUUGAUGUGGAGAUGACGGACCAGCUUACUGCUGAAGAGAAACCUAUAAAGCCAAGUACCCCAUCAGAUGGCGACCAGAAUCUAUGCUGCACUGGGGUUCAGCUUGAUUCCCAAUCAGAAAUUACAUCUGGAAGCUCUUCUCCUUUGUCAGUAGCAGAUCGAGACAGUGACCCAGCCGGAGCCAGGUCAAAAAUGAAACCUCUGGAUGACGAGGUCGACAUCCAGGUCACGCAUCCCAGAAAACGAAAGAUGCCCAGAGCUACACCUUCAACCCAAGCCAGCCUUUCAGCGCAGCAGAUUAAGGAGAAGACCCAGCAGUCUUUGGCAGCCAUCGUGGACUCCCUAAAGCUUGAGGAAAUUGAGCCCUACCAGACAGAAAGGGCCAAUCCUUAUUACGAGUUCCUGCACAUCCGCAAAAAGAUUGAGGAGAAGAGGAAAGUACUGUGUAGUGUCAUUCCUCAAGCGCCGCAGUAUUAUGAUGAGUAUGUUACAUUCAACGGGUCCUACUUGCUCGAUGGGAAUCCUCUGAGCAAGCUCUGUAUUCCAACUAUAACACCACCACCAUCAUUACCUGAACCACUAAAAGAGAUGUUCAAACAGCAGGAGGUUGUGCGCAUGAAGCUGCGCUUGCAGCACAGCAUUGAAAGGGAGAAGUUGAUUGUGUCCAAUGAGCAAGAAGUCCUGCGCGUUCAUUAUCGUGCUGCCAGAACAUUAGCCAAUCAGACGCUUCCCUUUAGUGCUUGCACAGUCUUAUUGGACGCAGAAGUAUACAACAUGCCCCAGGAUGUACAGGGAGAUGACGGGAAAACCUCAGUUAGAGAUCGGUUUAAUGCAAGACAGUUCAUGUCUUGGCUUCAGGAUGUGGAUGACAAAUUUGACAAGUUGAAGACAUGUCUCCUGAUGAGGCAGCAGCACGAGGCAGCAGCUCUUAACGCCGUUCAGCGAUUGGAGUGGCAGCUGAAGCUACAGGAGCUGGAGCCUGCCACUUACAAAUCAACCAGCAUCUUCGAAAUCCCAGAGUUUCACAUCCCCCUUGUUGAGGUCAACGAUGACUUUGACCUCACCCCGAUAUAACAACAGUGAGCCAGUGCUCGGAUGGAGAAGAACUGACAAGGCUCAUCUCUCCAGGACUU